UAGCAACCACCAAAGCAUUUUCAUACUCAACAAGUUAAUAAUAUACCUUCCUCUCUUAUAUUCUUCUUCUUUACAUUUUCUUAGAUCAUUAAAUUAAAUCAUUAAGUACUUAUAAUUAUGGCCUCAAGUUCCCUUAGCAAACACAAGCCUUGUGAUUCAAUUUGGACUCCAAAACAAAACAAGUUGUUUGAAAAAGCACUUGCAAAAUUUGAUAAGGAUACCCCUGACCGUUGGCAAAAUGUAGCAAAAGCCGUUGGUGGUAAAUCAGUUGAGGAAGUUAAGAGACAUUAUGAGCUACUCUUGGAGGAUCUCAAACACAUUGAGUCUGGUCAUGUUCCUAUUCCAAACUACAAAUCCACGUGAAGUUUAGCAAAUUAGCAAUGUUGAUGAAAAGAAAAAAAAUAUCAUAAGAUGCUUGCCUUAGGCUUCUGAAGUAUCUAAAGUUGAAUGGAUUUGAAGCAAUGCAAUGCCUGUUUGUUCCUCCAUCUGUCUCCCUAUCCGAUUUUGUAAUUUUGAUUUUGAUUAUUUUAAUAAAUCAUUUUAUCAUGCAAGAAACGAUGUCCAAUUUUUAAUGCUUUUAAAAACUUUUGUGGUGGCCAUGGAAAAUCCUAAAUCAUGCAAAAAUGAUCACGUUUUAUUCUCCUAGUUAAUUAUAAGGGUUAGUUUAUUGGGAAAUGCAUGGGGUAGUUGAGGAAUGGAAUAAUAAGAAUGAAGAUGAAUCAAUGCUCACUAUCGACAUUUUUUUA